UCUGACCCCAGGAUUGGGUCAGAGCAUAUGCCUCCUCCUCUCUCUCCCAGCCUUGGCUUAAUUGGGACUUGACCCGCCUCAAUUUUGUCUUUUUUCUCAUCUAUUUAUCGUAUUAUGGAUCUAUUUCUUUCUCUUUACAUAUUGUACUAAACUAUAAGUGAAAGUAGAAAGAGGAAAAGAGGAAAACGGAGGAGAAAUGGCGCAGUCUUCCAAAUUGGUGGAAGAGAUGGUCGCACAAUUCCUGUCGAGAUUACCAUCUAAAGCAUUGAUCCGAUUCAAAUGCAUUCGGAUAUUGCUUUAUGCAACCCUUCAAUCAAGGAAUUCAAUCAUCUCCCAAAAUCCUGUAUUCAUCUCCCCCCCAAAGAUGAAGAUGAUUAUGUACAUGAAUGUCACGUGGGAUUUGGCUAUGAUUCCAAAGCCAAGGUUUACAAGGUUGUUAGAAUUGUCGAUUUUUCUUCGUCACAUCGUCCAAGAGUAGAGGUGUACACCUUAGGUGCAGAUUGUUGGAGAGAGAUCAAGGCAUUUGUACUGGGAAAUAUCUGUUGCCAACGUUCUUUACAUACGCACUUUAAGGGAGUUUAUUAUUGGAGUGGGUUUACUUAUAUUACGACAGAGCUACAGUUAGUCUUAUUUGCAUUCGACAUGAGUGAUGAGCUAUUUUAUUUGGUAUAUCCACCGGAGGCUGCAUUUGGAAGUGACUGGAAUCUUGCUGUGUGGAAAGAAUCCCUUCUUCUUAUCACCCAUAGAGAAGAAGCUCCUAAAUGUUUCGAUUUAUGGCUAAAUGAAGACUCUGAUUUUUUGAAAGGUUCAUGGACAAAAUACUUCACUAUCAAACCUAUAGAAGUUGAUAUUCCGUUAGUAUUUUGGAAGAGUAACGAGAUUCUUAUGGUGAAUGUUGAUCGACGUAUAGUUUCCUAUAACCUUGAUACCCAAACGCUCAAGUGUCUGCCGAUUCAUGGAGCGGAAGAUCCUAUAUGUAUUUAUGCUAUUAAUUAUGUAAAUAGCAUUAUUUCAGUAAAGAGAAACAAUAAACUCGAGUAGUCGAGUGUGUUGAAACUUAUAUCUGAUAAAAUAAUAAUUAUACUGGUAGAGGCCAACAAAAUAAAAUUAAUUGCAGGAGAAGAAUUAUUGUGAAA